AUGGAUUCAGAACAACACUUUCUGGAAGGCAAGACCAUUAUUGUCGCUGGUGCAGGUGUCGCAGGAUCAGCCUUUGUUAUUGCUCUGCGCAAACUCUGGGAUCCUCGACUGAAAGAGCCGACCGUCAUCCUCUACGACCGCGAUUCUCCUGAUGUGAGCGCUCAACGAGAAGGCUACACGGUAUCGUUAGCUGGCUACGACACUUCAGGUGGCCUUCUCGCCCUUAAAAAACUAGGUCUCCUUGAAGAGGUACUGGAAAAUGCUGUUUCUGGUCUGAAUGAUGAUGGUGCUUUCAAGAUAUGGGGACCGGCUUGGAAUGAGUACGCAAGCUUUCGACACAAGCCCAUCGAUGGAUUACCCUCAUCUAGUGUCCGCAUAGCAAGAAAAGAUCUUCGCCAAGUCCUCCACAAUAACCUCCGGCCAAACGAUUCGGUGCAGUGGGACUCACGCUGCCUUUCAGCCCAUCGGCUCGAAGACGGCAGAGUGUGCGUUCAAGUAGCAAGAGGGCCUAACGAAAACGAAGUGGUCUCGGAGGAAACCUGCGACAUCCUCAUCGCAGCUGAUGGAGCAAACAGCAAGCUACGGACAAACCUGCGACCCGAAGAUAGCCUCGAGUUUGCCGGCGCCAUCUUGCGUGGGGGUAUCUCUCGAUUCGAGGGUCCUCCUCCCGCCCCCAUCAACAAAGAUUGGGGUUUUAUGCUCUCCGGAACUGGCGUGUCGUGCUUCUUCUCCCCAGUCGACAAGCACAGCGUGGUAUGGGGUGUUGGCAACCUCGAGGCGGAUCAGGUCCCGAGACUAGACCUAAACGACGAGGAAAAGGUGCAACAAGUUAUUGAGACAGGUCUUCAACUUGGCAAAGAGCUUCAAGAGCCGUUCGGAACGAUUGUACACUACACAGAUCCAAAGACCGUCUUUGCAAUCAACGCCCAUGACAAAGAGCCUUUCCAUCACGAGGAGAUAGACUCCAUUCCUGUCGUGUUUAUAGGUGACAGCAAUCAUGCUGUUAGCCCGUUUGCCGGUUUUGGAGCCAACCUAGCACUUUGCGAUGGAUGGGAUUUGGCACAACAGUUAUGGAAUGGCCGAUCAGUGGAGGAAAGUGUAAUGGCUUAUGAUGAUUUGGCAGUAUCUCGAGCGCUUCCUAUUUUGCAGCGAUCAAGGGAAAGACUAAUAUCAGGUCAUAGGAGUGGUGGCAUAGCAACACGCAGGGGAGAGAGACAAACCAAGCUCGCGUGA